AUGACGCAGGCGAUGAAGUUGACGAAGAAUCCCGAUCAGCAGCGGAUCAGUAUGAGUCUGAUGGAGCACAUGUUCAAUCAGAGCACCUACACAUCGCUAUGUCUCAUCGAGUUCGGCGUGCUCGACCACAUUCUGCUGACGUGCAAACGCGCCAACGGAUGCCCGGAGACGCUGAGGCACGCCUCGUUGGGAUUGGCGAAUCUCGCGCUCUACUCGUGUCACGAGGGCAAGAAGAAGAUCAUUCAGAAGAAGGUGCCUGAUUGGCUAUUCCUGCUCGCCAGCCAACAGGACGAUCUGACGCGCUACUACGCGUGCCUCGCGAUAUGCGUUCUCGCCAGCACCAAACACUGGGAUCUCGAGUCGGCGGUGACCAAGUCGGGCACGUUGACGCUCGUCGAGCCGUUCCUUCUCUCGCAUCAGGCCACCGUGUUCGCGCACGAGCAUUUCCAUCAUUCGCAGGGACGCGCCAAAGAAUGGCUAUUCAAACUCUUGCCAAUGCUGAAAUCGAUGAGAAAAGAGGCGCGAAGCUCCGCGGCGUUUCAUUUCACCAUGGAGGCGACGAUCAAAAAGGACCAGAACAAACUCGACCUGUUUGAGGCUUUUAAAAAUCGCUUCCGUUUCGAUUACCGUAUUCACGAUUCAACGAUACCGAUAGAAUUCAUGGAUACGGUUACGGUAGGCUUAUCGGGUGCCGCAAAAGCUCAAUCGGCCUUAAUCGAACUCGGAUGCGAAAGAUCGAAAUCGGAAACGGCGAAAACGGUUGAUAUGAAUAUUAUUUAA